AUGAGUACCGACCCGAUUGAUAUGAUAAUCGGAGCGGAUUUAUACGGCAUGCUCGUACUCGAUGGUGUUCGACAAGGUUCCGAAACGGAGCCCACCGCGCAAAAUACUACUCUCGGUUGGAUUUUGUCCGGGCCAAUCGCUUCGUCCCCGACCAAUCUUUCGAUUUUUGAGACCGCGCAUCACGGAGUCGUCCUUGAAGCGUUAGAUUUCGACCUUCGUCGUUUCUGGGAGACUGAAGAGGUCCCUCAGACCCAACACCAUAGCCCUGACGAGCGCAAGUGUGAAGAGCACUUUCUCGCUACCCAUUCCCGCACUCCUCAAGGACGCUAUAUUGUUAGAUUACCGUUUAAAACCGGACCACCACUCUCGUUAGGAGAAUCUCGCUUCAUUGCCGAAUCGAGCCUCUAUCGCUUAGAGCGACGUUUCAAACGCAAUCCAUCUAUCGCUUCAGAAUACCACGACUUUCUCACGGAAUACGAAAACCUUGGUCAUAUGAUCAAAAUUCCACCGACAGAAAUUGUACAACCGGAUCAAAGUUAUUACAUACCGCAUCAUGCUGUCUUACGUGACAGUAGUGCAACUACUCGACUGCGGGUUGUUUUUAAUGCAUCCUGCCGUACCACUAACGGAACCUCGUUAAACGAUAAUAUGUUUAUCGGACCUAAACUUCAAAAGGAUUUGGCCGCUGUCAUAAUGCAGUGGCGCCAAUAUCGUUACGUAUUUACCGCCGAUAUCGCCAAAAUGUAUCGUCAAAUUUUAGUUGACUUCCGCGAUACUGAUUACCAGCGCAUUCUAUGGCGCUCUUCUCCCAGCGAACCUGUUCGCGACUACCGUCUUCUUACCGUGACGUACGGCACUGCCGCCGCUCCGUAUCUCGCUCUUCGAGUGCUAGACCAACUCGCUGAAGAUGACGGUGCUCAAUUUCCGUUGGCCGUCCCUGUUCUACGUCAUCAAACAUACGUUGAUGAUUGCGCGUUCGGAGCCGACGAUCAUAUCCUUGCACGGCAAACACGAGACCAAUUAAUCGCGCUUCUCGCUAAAGGAGGCUUUCGCCUACGAAAGUGGGCAAGUAAUUCUCCAGAUCUUUUGUCAGACCUCGAUCCUGCCGAUCAUGGACUAGCCACUCACAAAGUCCUCCAAGACGAUGAACACCUUAAAGUGUUAGGAGUUAGUUGGAAUCCAAAGCUCGAUGCGUUUCAACUUCGCGUAUCUCUCCCGUCUUCGCCGGGAAAAACGAAAAGAGCUAUUCUCUCGACAAUCGCUGGGUUUUUCGAUCCGAUGGGAUGGGCCGCUCCCGUCAUCAUCGGUGCAAAGAUCUUUAUGCAACGAUUGUGGUCGAUCCAAUGUCAGUGGGACGACGACAUUCCGGGUGAACAUUUCGACCACUGGGCAACUUAUCAUCACCCAACUACCGCAUCUCGAGACGCUCAGUAUUCCGCGUUGGACGACGCACGGAUCUCAUACUCUGCACAGCGCACUCCAUGGCUUUUCCGAUGCCUCAACUAUGGCUUUCGCAGCCGUUGUUUACCUUCGCGUUGUUAA